ACCGACUUCAGCCCUAUGUGUCACCUAAGCAAAGUAGCAGGACCACAGACAUGUGUUCCUGAAGCAGGUGCUGGAGUGGGAGAAAAGAAAAAGGAAAAAAACAAAAACAAAAACAAAAAACAGGGCCCUGGGCAGUGGCCCUGUGGCCUCCUUUGGAACCCCGGGUCAGAUGGCUCCAAGGAGGUCAAAGCUCUACCAAGGCCUGACUCUCCUCUCUGCCCUAUCCUGCAGAAGCGCAACAGGGCCAUCACGGCCCGGAGACAGCACCUGAAGAGUGUGAUGCUCCAGAUUGCGGCCACAGAGCUGGAGAAAGAGGAAAGCCGCCGUGAAUCCGAGAAGCAGAACUACCUGUCCGAGCACUGCCCGCCUCUGCAUAUUCCAGGCUCCAUGUCCGAAGUGCAGGAACUUUGCAAACAAUUGCAUGCGAAGAUUGACGUGGCUGAGGAGGAGAAAUACGACAUGGAGGUGAAGGUGCAGAAGAGCAGCAAGGAGCUGGAAGACAUGAACCAGAAGCUAUUUGACCUGAGGGGCAAGUUCAAGAGACCCCCACUUCGGAGGGUGCGUAUGUCAGCUGAUGCCAUGCUGAAGGCGUUGCUGGGCUCUAAGCACAAGGUGUGCAUGGACCUGAGGGCCAACCUGAAGCAGGUCAAGAAGGAGGACACCGAGAAGGAGCGGGACCUGCGUGAUGUGGGUGACUGGAGGAAGAAUAUUGAGGAGAAAUCUGGCAUGGAAGGCCGGAAGAAGAUGUUUGAGUCUGAGUCCUAACUGCCCACUGCCCCACCCCACUCCACCACUGGGAGAGCACCCAACAGCCAGGCUGGGAGUACCUGGCCUCAUGCCAAUAAAGGAUUCACAUCCCUA